CUGUUCCAUUAUUAAACACUUUUGUAAUAACUUGUAAAAGUAGUAAGCGUCCGUUUCCGGCUUACAGAGCAAGAAAACUAGGCGGCGUAAAUGGACAUCAGAAUCCUUAACGGCGAAGAAGCUGAUGCUGCCACAGUGACCAAUCUCGGCAAUAAGAAACAACCAUCCAUGUCACCAUCAGUUUCCUCGUCCUCUGUCUCCUCCACAUCGGUGGUGAUUGAUUCGUUUGAGGAGGAGGAUGAGUUUGAGUGGGUGGCUGUUGAAAGAGAGGAUAAAGCUUAUCUGGAGAUUGAGGAAGUUGAGGAUGCUUUCUCUGCACUUCAACUGAUGUUCAAUGAAGAUGAUGAUGAUAAAUCAGAAGACCAAGUUUCAGAUCAGUCGGAGUUUGUAGAUUGGAUUGAGCCUCCAUUGCAGCUCUGCAAUACUAGUCUUCUGCAGCCUUAUAUGCUGGACAGAUUCUACGACGCCUUUCAUAUGUUUCAGACCGAUCCGUCAGUUCAGAGAAUGGUUAUGUCAUUGGCUUCAGACAGGGCUGUUUGGGAUGCGGUGAUGAACAAUGAGGUUGUCCGUGAGCUCAUCACCAACGCUGAGAGGUCAGAAGAAGACUCUGGUAUAACCAUGAACUUCAUAAGGAGGUUGCUUCAGAGAAGUGCCAUCAAAAUCAUGGACGCAAUGGAAGGAGUCACAAAGUACGUCACCGACCUCUUCAUCGGAGAUGAUACGGUUGUGUUAGCCACAGGUGCUGCCCCUGUGAUGGAGAAGCUUCAGAUGACAGUUCUGCUCACCAUUGUUGUCCUGCUUAUCGUGUUCGUAACCAGAGCCACAAGAGCUAGAUAGUAUUAAACACUCAUGGUCCAUCGCCUGCGUUACAAUUGUAUAAGAGAUCUCUGCAGCUGUGAUCCUUGUGCUACUAUUGUUGUAAUAAAAGAAAAACAGUGAUUUCAAUCACAACACAUACAUCAUUUGAAAACAUUAAUCCCAACUAAAUUAUAUGUAAGAAUAAAGUUACAUUCA